AUGUCGCUGCGCGAAUUUGUGAUCAAGGUGCCGUGCACCUCGUCGAAUAUCGGCCCUGGCUUUGACGUGCUGGGUCUCUCGCUCUCGCUCUACCUGAAGCUGCACGUCUCGGUAGAUCCAAGCAAGACCGGGCAGCGCGAGCCAGUGCUUUCCUAUGCAGGCCAAGGCGCAAAAGAAGCGCCGCUGAAUCCAUACCAAAAUCUGAUCACCCGUGUCGCGCUGUACGUCCUGCGUGUGAACAAGAUCGCACAGUUUCCUGCGGGAGUUACGAUCCAUGUGGAUAACGAUAUCCCCUUUGGCCGCGGUCUUGGCAGCUCAGGUGCCGCGGUCGUCGCUGGCAUCUUUCUCGGCAACGCGCUCGGCCAACUCGACAUUCCCCGUGCACGCCUGCUUGACUAUGCACUCAUGAUCGAGCGCCAUCCUGAUAAUGUGACGGCCGCCCUGGUUGGUGGAUUUGUCGGCUCCUACCUCCGCGAGUUGAGUCCCAAAGAUACAGCAACGACACAGGUGCCGCUCAGCGAAGUGCUCCCGGAAUACCCACACAACGCGUCCGCAAGCUGGGGGACCGAGCCGCCUGUUCCACCUUUUGGCAUCGGCCAUUUUAUUCGUUAUGGCUGGGCGCCAGAGAUCAAGGUGAUUGCCAUUGUACCGCACUUUGAAGUGCUCACCGCAGAGGCGCGCAGCGUCUUGCCAAAGCAAUACGCGAGCCAAGACGUGGUGUUCAAUCUCCAACGCCUCUCCGUACUCACCGCCGCUCUCGCACGCUCGCCGCCAGACGCGAAUCUGAUUUAUCAGGCGAUGCAAGACAAGAUUCACCAGCCGUACCGCAAGCAUUUGAUCCCGGGCCUCGCGCGUAUAUUGGCGUCGGUUAUGCCCACGUCUCAUCCGGGGCUCCUGGGCAUCUGCCUGUCGGGCGCAGGGCCCACAAUCCUUGCACUCGCCACGCAGGACAUGGAACAGAUCGCGGAUACGAUCUGCGCCGAGUUUGCCAAGGAGGAUAUCACUUGCGACGUCAAAUUCCUCGACGUGACGCAGGACGGCGCGACGGUCGAGGAAUAG